UAGCUGUUAGUCAGAUUGUUGAGUUAGACUGUUAAAUAAGAGUAUCACUAUUAUAUGAAUAGCUUUACAAACCGAUAAAUAUUCCGUUUGAUGACUCCUGUAAGGAGGACCCAUUUCAGCCGCAUGUUGAGUUGAAGCCACAACCGAAAGUUAGUACAUAGCCUACAGUACCGCCUGGCUGAAGAAAACUUGCUUGUCGUGUUCAAAUCGAAAGUUCAAAUAUCGAAUAUCCAGCGAAUGUCAAAUCUCAAACCAUCUUCACUGCGGUGCCUGGACGCAGUCCCAUCGCCCGAGCAUGGGCAUGUCAACGUUGAAGAAAAUCUUGCUCGGGGCGUUUGACUAUAAAACUGAAAAGUAUGUAAUUGCGGAAAGUAAGAAAGUUGGCAUAUUAUACAGAGUUAUUCAGCUGUGUAUCAUCGGAUACCUAAUCGGGUGGGUUUUUGUAACGAAGAAGGGCUAUCAAGCAGUAGAGGAGUCCAUACAGAGCUCUGUAAUGACCAAAGUGAAGGGAGUUGUAUCAAUCAAUUCCAGCGACACGGGAUUCAGUAUGUGGGGACCGGAGGACUAUGUAAUUCCACCUCAUGGUGAUGCUAAUCUUUUCAUCACAACCAAUUUUAUAGAAACACCCAAUCAGAAAUUAGACAACUGUGCAGAAAGCUUUAAGGUUCUGGAUGGCCGCUGUAGUGACGAUGAUGACUGCCCACCUGGAGAGGCAGUUACAGCUGGUCAUGGAAUAAAGACUGGUCGGUGCUUGAAAAAGGACAGAAAUGACACUGGGACAUGUGAAAUACAUGGCUGGUGUCCAGUUGAAAGGAGUCAGAAAUCCAAUGUACCGCAGCUCGGAAAAGCUGAAAACUUUACCAUCUAUAUCAAGAACUUCAUCAGAUUUCCAAGAUUCAGCUUCUCAAAAUCAAAUGUCCUUGAGACACAGGACAUGAAUUAUUUACAGAGGUGCAACUACGAUGAGUCGGUUCAUCCUUACUGUCCCAUCUUCCGUCUGGGGGAUAUUAUUAACAAAACUGGACACAGGUUUCAGGACAUGGCUCAAGCAGUGAGUAUACUUUUUGUAUCAGUUUGACAAGUGAAAUAUGCAGUGAUAAACUACUAAGUACAGGUGGAAAGUAAAGUAGACUAACAUUAUUGUCUAUGACCUGAUAACUUGAUGACUUGACUUAGCUGGACUUAAACCCAUAGCUGGGGGUUGGGGCACGCGGUCAUGUCUCACGCUGGUAAAUUAUUGUUUAGGCUCUCGGCGAUAAUCAGUGUGAAGCUUUUAAAGCAGUAGGGGAAAGUUUUAAAUAGGCCUUUGAGAAAAACACAUUCUGCCAUAAAGUCUGCCACUGUUCACAGUUAAUUUUUUCAGUUAAACAAUGUCACCAGGAUAGUUUACAUCACUGUACAAACUGCAACUCAGAAGGAAACUUGACAGUUGCCGUUAUCAAAGUGCUAUGUUUUCACAUUGUAAUAAAUCAGUUAUGAAAGACUGUGGAUAACACAUGAUUGUAUGUUUGAAAACCUUUUUCUCCAAUCACUGUAAUGAUACUCUUGUCAUAUCUCCAUUUAUAGUUUCAGUUUGCAUUUUAUUAAUUUCAAACCAAGACACUGACCAACGUAUAUUUACUCCUCAACUAAGCAUACUUUCCACACUGUGAGGCCUUGCUAGAUGUGCUGAUAAUGGAAAGAUUAAUGUUGAUAGGCAAUAGAAAAAUCUUUUACCAUAUUACAACAAAUGGAAAGUCAUUUUAGAUAAUUUGGUGCCGGAAACUUGGGCGAAAAAGACCUCUUCCGCCCAGGUGGAUCGUCUUAAAUACCGGCAAUAAAUUAAAAACUCUGUCGAUGCAU